GUAGCCAGCCAUCACGAAAAUUUCCAUCACGUAGUCACUUGAUCCGGAUUUUCUUUUAUUUUAGUAAAAGUUUAUUUUUUACACAAACGGAUUGGCCGCACAAAUUGUUUCGUCUGUACAAGAUUUGUAAGAAUAAAUUUUUCGUUCACAAUGGUUGCACAGGAAAGAUUUUUAGGAUGUCCGCCAGAUAAUAACGAUGCAUGUGUGUGUCGACAAGCAUGUUGCGGGAAAAAGAAAUACAUUCAGCCACCGCCACCGAAAAGCUUCAAACCGGAACUACGAUAUUUCAAGCCAACCAUUCCGAUGAACUCCGAUACAGUGUACAAAAAUUCCUUCUACAGCAUCGGCCCUGACGACAUACAAACAUACCGAAUGAAACCGUGUCUUCCUAUCAAUUCCCUAAAACCGUCUAAAAGUAAAAUCGAUGAUCAUACGAUAAUGAAGUUGUCGUUUCCUGAACAUUCUGAAAAGUGCAAAAGGGAUCCCAUUAUUCCACACAAUCGGUCCAUUCUUGGUAAAGGUUCGAUACAAGAUUACACAACGCAACGUCAUGAUUAUGUUGCAAAACCGCCGUGCAAGCGUUCUGCUAUCAGACAUGACACGAAUAUAAAAAAUGCCGACGUUCCAUUGGAAAGUACCACCGUGCAGAAGCUUUCUUUCUCUCCACCAGACUCAAACCAACUGACCGUGGCAAAAUCGUUCAAGCCAACUUAUGUAUACAAGCGACCGGAUGUGCCAAUGGAGGGUGUGACCACUCAAAAAUUGAGCUUCAUGCCAGUAUGUCCACGGAUCAAAGAGGAAUAUCCUUGGGCGAAACGAGUGCCGAUACAAGGCAAAAACCUACCAUUUGAACAGGCAACGACAUACAAGUUAAGCUACAUACCGAAUUCGGGGGCACAAAGGCUAAUUCCGCUUCGCACCAAAGACAAUGUGGGAUUGGUAACUGCUGCCCGAAGUUUCCACGAUCACACCAUUUACAAGGAGAGUUACUUCGGACCGGGAUGCUACUCUAAACGAUCACCAAUUUUACCAAUUCUUCAACUACAAAAAUCCGACGCAAAAAUGAGUGCGGACAGCGUGUACAAUUUGUCGUUUCCAGGUCAUCGGGACAUUCGAAAACCUUCUCCUAUUCUGCCGCAUUCGAGAUAUUUGUUGGGUUCUGGCCCAUUGGACGGUUUGAGUACGCAGAGAAGAGAUUUUGUGGACAAACCGCUAUGUCCUCGUAGUCCGAUAAUACCAAUUUGUCAGAUGGAAAAGGCGGACUCUCCGCUAGAAAAUCAAACAACAAUGAAACUAUCGUUCAUGGAGCCGAAUCUGGGAUCUGGCAGAUCGACACCAAUUAGACCGAAGGACGGUGUUAAGAGAGAAGAUGCUCCAAUGGAUAAUGCGACCAUUCACAAAUUGAGUUUCGUUCCCGUUGCACCACCGAAGAAGGAGAAUUAUCCGUGGAUGCAACGCAAAACUCACAAUUCCGAAGCCCCAAUGGAUUUUAACACCACACAAUACCUUAGCUUUAUGCCUCCUGGUCAAUUGGUCGAAGGUGAUAGCGGAUGUUACUGCAGUUAUGCCGGAGAAUGCAUGGCGAAUAAAUUUCCGAAAGCUGACUCGUAUUGAGAUCCACCGAGUGUUGUUCUGUUCAUACACAAAUUUUAUGUUACGCUUGCCAGUUUGAGAAUCAAAACCGUUUCGGAAGAAUUUGAAUUGAAUUUG